UCUGUCGGUCUGCUUCUUUGAGGGAAUUAAGCAAACAGAUACAAUCCAUACAUCAUCGAUGGCGUUGAAGCUCUAUGGAGUUCCCAUGUCGACCUGCACCGCCCGUGUCUUAGCAUGUCUUCACGAGAAAUGCGUAAAUUUUGAUCUCAUCCCCGUUAACCUCGCCGUGGGCGAGCACAAGCAACUACCUUUCCUCUCUAAGAAUCCAUUCGGUGUGAUUCCGGUACUGGAAGACGGAGAUCUAACACUAUUCGAAUCUAGAGCGAUAACGGCGUACUUGUCGAAGAAAUACAAGGAUCAAGGUGAGGAUUUGCUGAGAUUGAAAGGGGGAAAUUUGAAGGAAGAAGCCAUGGUAGGGGUAUGGAUCGAAGUGGAAUCGCAGCAAUACUCCCCUGCCAUUACACCUAUCAUCUCUGAAUACUUCUUGGCUCCUAUGCGAGGAAGAACCCCUGAUCAGAAGGCGAUCGAUGAUGGAAUUGAAAAGUUUACGAAGGUAUUGGAUGUGUACGAGGCGAGAUUGUCGCAGAGCAAGUACUUGGCUGGGGAUUUCUAUAGUCUUGCAGAUCUUCAUCAUCUCUCUUACACCCAUUACUUCAUGAAGUCUCCUUGGACUUCUCUCAUCAACUCUCGUCCUCAUGUUAAGGCUUGGUGGGAAGAUAUCUCUUCAAGGCCUGCUUUCCUGAAGGUUUCUCAGGUCAUGACUUUUGGUGAUAAGAAAUAAACAAACACCAACACCACCACCACCACCAUUAGAAUGAA